AUGAUUGACACCUUCCUGUUUAAAUCACAUUUAAUCUCCUUUGAGGCCUGCAUGACUAACAUGUUUUUUGUUGUUGAGUUUAUCGCUAUGCAAUCUUUAACUCUAAUUGUUCUUUCCUAUGACAGAUAUGUUGCUAUAUGCUCUCCGCUGAGAUACACUGAGAUUGUGACUAAUAAAUCGAUAUUGGUGAUCACAGUCAUAUUGUGGUUAAUUGUAGGAACAGCCAAUCUCUUCAGCGCAGGUUUUAUGAGCAGGCUGUCCUACUGCAAGUCCACUGUGAUACACAGUUAUUUCUGUGAUCACGGUCCCAUGCCUCAUUUGGCGUGCAAUGACAACACUCCAAGUGUAGUGAUGAAUUGGGUACUUCCUGUUAUGGUUCUCUGGUUUCCAGUACUUUUUAUCACAGGUACGUACAUGUGUAUAGGCAGAGCGUUAUUAAAAAUCGCAGCCUCAGAGCGCCUCAAAGCCAUGAAAACCUGCACCUCUCAUUUGCUCUUGGUAAGCGUGUUUUACCUUCCCAUCCUUAUCACUGAGGCAAUGGGCUCUGCCAUUGACAAGAACACCAAGAUUAUUAACAUGUCUCUUUCUACCCUCAUGCCUCCUCUGCUGAAUCCAUUCAUUUACUCACUGAAGACAGCGGAAUUCAAAGAAUCCAUUAAAAAGCUGUACAGAAGAAAGAUACAUAUCACUGUAUGA